UGCAGAGUCUGAACGGGCUCUCACAGCGCGGGGACGCACAGGAGCUAAUAUAAACGUGCUCGGGGCUAUCAGGGGCUAAGAAAACAGCGCUACUUCUGUCACUGACCUCCGGCGCUUCAAAGAGACGGCGGGACGCUCUGAGCUCCGGCCCAUGUAGAGCGGCCAUGGCCGCGCUGGAGGGCUGCCGCUGUCGGGGUGCGAGCGGACGAAACAACAACAACAGCAGCAGCAGCAGCAGCAGCAGCAUCCUCUACAGCAUUCUGAAGAGUGACAGCCUAGCGAGCGCCGAGGAGCACCAACACCACCAACACCACCAACAUCCCCAACAACAAACAUUGCAACACUUGCUGCACAAGACCUCCUCCACCGGCGCCGCCAACGCCGCCUCCUCCUCCUCCUCCUCCGCCGCCGCCGCCGCCCCCUCCUCGCUGCAGGAGCUCCGGCAGCAGGCUUGCUCCUGCGGCUCCACGCGGCGCCGGGGCAUCCUCCGCUCCCCGCAGGUGACGUGCAAAGCCGCCUCGGCGGUCCUGGUGAAGACGCUGCGGUUCGUGAAAAACGUGCCCUGUUUCCGCGAGCUGCCGGAGGACGACCAGCUGACGUUGAUCCGGAGCUGCUGGGCGCCUCUGCUCGUGCUGGGACUCGCGCAGGACCGGGUGGACUUUGAGACCACGGAGACGGUGGAGCCCAGCAUGCUGCAGCGCAUCCUCACGGGUUUACCGGACCGGCAGAGCGAGCUGCCGGCCGGCCAGAGCAGAGGGGCAGCCGGGGUCUCUGUCGCGGAUAUCGACGCUAUCAAAUCUUUCCUGAAGAAGUGCUGGAGUGUAGACAUCAGUACGAAGGAGUACGCGUACCUGAAAGGAGCCGUGCUGUUCAACCCAGAUGUGGAGGGUUUGCGCUGUCUCCACUACAUCCAGUCUCUGCGGCGGGAGGCGCACCAGGCUCUGAACGAGCACGUGAGGCUGAUCCACCGCGAGGACACGACGCGGUUCGCCAAGCUGCUGAUCGCUCUGUCCAUGCUGAGGGCCCUCAGCCCGCCGGUGGUCGCGCAGCUCUUCUUCAGACCCGUUAUAGGGACCGUCAGCAUCGAGGAGGUGCUCAUGGAGAUGUUCUACGGGAAGUAGGUCCGUUCAGAUGGACUGGCGGAUGGAGAGGAUUUUAGGGACUGAAUUUAAAACCCCCUGUUUUGUAGGAGAUCUUCGAGGACUGUGAAAUGACGUGUGUGUGUGUGUGUGUGUGUGUGUGUGUGUGUGUGUGUGUGUGUGUGUGUGUGUGUGUGUGUGUGUGUGUGUGUGUGUGUGUGUGUGUGUGUGUGUGUGUGUGUGUGUGUGUGUGUGUGUGUGUUUGUGUGUGUGUGUGUGUGUGUGUGUGUGUGUGUGUGUGAGAAAGGAAGACAGUGUUUUGAAGGAUGUUGUAUAAGAGGAAAAAUACAAAGCAGCUGCUGGAAUUCAUAACUUAAUUGUUUUUAUAUAAACUAUUUUUCUAUAAUAAAAAAAAAA